UUUUUAGCUGUAGGAAAUUUUAAAGCUACAUCACUUAAAGUUAAAUCAAAAAUCCUACAGACAAAAUGCUAAAGUAAAUUUUUUAUAGUUACAACCCAACCAAUCACCCCCUUUGUCAUUUUUGAUAUCAAUUCAGUUUUCUCUGACAUUUGAAAGGUUUUUUUUUUCAUUUCAGUUAUCCAGUUGUCUUUUAUGGUUUUUUUUAAUGUUUUGUUUCACUAUAAAGAUGUGUAUUUUGUUUCAUCGAUCAUAACUAAAAUUUCAACAAACCAAUCACCAAAAUGUUUGUUUUUUUGAUAAAGGGCUUCCAAUCACCAAAAUGUUCUGCGACUUUUCAACCUAGUUUAGUUUAUUUUGAGUAACAGUUCAUAGGCACUUACAAUAAAAUAACGAGAAAACUCGAGAAAAUGAAACUUACAACUUUAAUUUUUCCAUACCAAAAACUGAAACUUACAAAUAUUUGUUUAAAAUGCAUAUACAACACCAAACAUUAGGUAAAAACUGAAAUAUGAACUGUAAAAAAUAACUAUUUUGAACAUAAAAUAUAUGCAUUACUAUUUGACAGAUGAAAAUCACAAAUAAUAAGAGAUACAAAUGUACACAUUUCAUUGAUUUUACAAUUAGGUAUUAAAUUUGUGUAGAAGAUAAUUCCUAUGUGGACAUAUAUAUUGCAACAAUCUUCACGCGAGAAUAUGAUUUCCUAUAGGAGCCGAGUGACACCGCAACACGUCGUUUGCAUGACAAAGGCAAUGGCAUUAUGUAAAUACAACCUCACUUAUUGUAUAUCCUUACAAAACAUUAAAAAUGUUAGUUUAGAAACGAUUAAAAUUUGUGGUAACAUCAUCAUGAGAAUUUUUCUGAUGAUCAUAAUUUUAAAUAUCAUUAUUAUAUUUAUGACCUUAUCAAUCCACGUUAAUACACGUGGUUAUAUUGCACUUUCGCCAAAUCAAAAAAUACAUUGUGAGUAAAUAAUACCUGUCGAUAGAGCUCAUCUUGAAUACUACCAUUUGCUAGUAAAAUAUAAAUUCAACAUCUAGCUCAUUUUUAUUUGUAUCUGAAUUACGCGCUAUUAAGCGAAAGCUAAAAAUGCAAUAGUAAUGAACAUUGUAUAUAGAAGACAGAAAACAAAUUAAAAACGAUAAAUCAAAUUAAAUAAAUGGUACAUGCAGACGUACCAAUGGUAAACCGUGGAAGAAGAAUGGAUUGGUAAGGCAGGCAAGGCGCCUUCAUUGGAACAUAUGCAUGUGCAUGCAUUUUUGCUUCGAGCGUGGCAUGCGAAAGUCUUCAUUUAAUUAAUCCUCAGUUAUCUUUACUUUUUCGGUUAAUUGACUUGGUUUUUUUACAAAAUUAAUUGACUAAGUUUCUUAUUUUUUGUCAACGAUUAGUUUUGUUUAUAGAUUUUACUUUGUUAGUUUCACCAUCCAGAAAUAACUGGGGAGUGCAAUUUGAAUUUGACAUUGUUUAAAAUAUAGGUUUCUGCGACAAUUUGAAUAUUUAUCUUUUAUUUUUCAAAAAAAAAAACUAAUUAUGUUGGUAGUAUAUAUUUUUCUCACCUUUGACUUAUUAGGAUAAGGUCCAAACGAUGACAGGGAAAAUAGACAGAAUAAAUUAUUGUAUUAUGCUGACAGAAAAAAUAUUGUAUUAUGUAAAUUUAAGCAUGAGAAAUUCAGGUGGAUUUCGGUCAAUGUGAAAGCAAGCUUAGGUCAAUAUUCGAUUUUGGUUUAGUCAAUUUAUCGUUUUUACUCUUUAUUAUUUCCAUAAUCUCGAAAUUCAGAUCUCAAGCCCAUGAAAAAAUCCAAACUAUCCAUAAAAGAAUUGUGUGGUCCAAAAAUGAAUCUUCAUUCCGAAUAUUCAAAUGAGACCUAAAAACACUUUAUUUUAUUGUUAAAUAAACAUACAUUGUAAAAGUACUACCGUUUUAAAGAUUUAGCUGCAUUGCAUCUUGUUUAGGUCGAUAGGUUUAGUUUGGUCAACACUGUUCAGAUUUGUAAAAUAAGAUAUUAUUUGCCACGUAAGACGUACGUUAUAAUGACAAAAAGGCUAUUUCAAAAAGCCGUAGAUAAAAUGGUGUAGUUGUUUAACAUUGAUAAAAUGGUAUUGUUGUGUAUUAAUAUGUCUACGGAUAGUGUAAAUACUACCUUACAAUUAAUUUGGUUUGUUUUUUUCCUCACUUCUAGUACUACAUCAAAAAUAUGCAUAUUACAGGAGUUACAUCUCUUCCUUUGGUAGUUGCUUUACCACUCAAUAUAUAUACAUUUCCUCGCAUAUUGCCAAAAUUUGAUUGGAGAAUCUAGCAUAUAUAUAUAUAGUUCAAAAAUCACUUCCUAAAGCAGGGUGUCAUUUUUUAGCUAAAUAUGGAGAUCCCAAGACAAUCUAAUUACUACUGUUUGCUUUGCAAUUGGAUGCAUGAAAGUCGUGUUAAUUUGUUCUCUCGUCCUUGCGUAAAAACAAAAGUGAUGGGUAGGAGGGAUAACAAAGCGUGGAUGCACUUGAAUACUUGAUGAGAGCUGUUGCCAUCACAACUCAUCUAGUGUUUUUAGACAUUUUUGAGAAAAUGCCACAGGAAGGCAAUUUACUUUAUGAUCGACUGCUUGCACUCUUUGACUUACCUACUGAGUUUGUUCACAUGGACGUUGGAUCGAUUUCCUAUAUCAUUCGAUUAAUUUGGAUUCCGAAACCAUUUUGUUUGUUUGUUUAACAUUGAUUCACAAACUUAAGUCACUGACUCACACUUCCUAAAAAAAAAAAAGUCACUGACUCACACUUCCUAAAACUCUCGCAUACUAUUUCAAUUUUCUUGAGAGUUAGUUAAAAGAAAAAAAAUCCUAAUUAAAUUAACCUAAUAGUGAAAUAUCACAAACUUACAAUCUUCACCACCUAUACAUAAAUCCAAUCGUUAGUUCUUUUAUCACAAGCUUUUCACAUUGAUUUGUUUUUUUUUUAAUCUUAUGCUAAGUUUGAAACCUUGAAUGAAUUAAGCUGGAGUCUUUAACUGAUCAGAUUGCUUGCUAUAUAGGUUUCAUUAUAGUACUAACGUUUAAACAUUUAAUAAUGUGGCAAGUGUAUAAGAAAAACAUUUAUUAUAGAACAUGACGGGCCUCUAUAAUUAAAUACUUUUCUGUUUAUAAGCAGUCUCAAAUCAGAAAGGAUUUCAUCGAGACACCAACCACGCAAAAGUCAGUGCAUUACAUUAAUUAUUUAUCUCAUUCCUGAUUUAUUUGAUUGUCCUUCGAAUGGUAUUGCUAUUUUAAUGGUUUUUGCCAUGAAAACGGGUUAUUAUCAUUGUUAACAAGAAUAUUAUAACAUUCAACGAAUGAAAGUUUGAUUGGUAUCUAAGGAUGGAACUAUGGAAAACAACAAAAAAAAAAGAAUAUUUGAAAGAUUAUCAUCGAGGAACGAAAUCUUUAGUGAACCAUAUAUAUAAUUAAAAAGUUGCUAAGCUAAUUAUUUGGUGAGUUAUAAUAUUAUUUUACUGAUUUCUUUUAGAUGUAAUGGAUGUGUCAUCAUUUAACUUUGAGAAAUGAUAUAAAAGGGAAUGAAUAAGAUUAGGCCACCAAACAAACAAUGAGAAAUGGAGAAAAGGGGGCAACAACCACAGUAGCGAGGAUCCAUCGUACACCACUCGUCUCACCAAACCCUCUCUUCUCUCUAAUGGGUCCUACUUUACAUGUUCACCAAACCCUUUGCUCUUGCUGUCCAAAUCAGACGCACAACAUCAAACACACAAACCUAAUCAAUGCACGUAAUCGAAUUAGGUCAUUAUAUUAUACAUAAAUAAUAUAUAAAUGUAUAUUACUCAUUAAGGUGUGAUUGGAUUGUAUUUUGAGAGUAAACUUUUUUUUUUUUUUGAAAAUUAUUUUGAGAGUAAACUUUUACUCUAAAAAUGGUUUUAUUCCCAAUCCCACUCAAAAUUUACCAAUCAAGUGGGAUACAUAUUAAACAUAGACCCAUGUUUACUCCAUAUUUUGUUAGAGUAAAAGUGUCUCUUUUUAUUUUUCUUGUUUUCCACCCAUUUAAUUCCAUUCAUUUUCAUCUUUUUCAUCUACUCUAGUUUACUCUACAAUUACCAAUCAAACCCUAAGGAAGUUUAUAAAGAAGAUGGAUUCAAUCAUUGGACAUGAUAAAUUUACAUCAACGUGUGGUAAUUUAGUAGCGGUGUUUGUUUUGUCGAGAAUCUUCUAAAAGAAGCAAAAUGAUUUAAGAUUUUUCUGAAUCAGCUUUUCAGAUGACACAAAAUGAGAUCGUCCAGAAACUUUGAGACCUAAGAAUGUGAGAUUACUGAUUAGAAGCCUGACCUUGUGUUUUAGUCAUAAGUAUUUAAGAUUAGGACAUGUCUCUAAUCAAAUUAGCACUGGCACCUAGAUAUAUUUAUUUGUUAAUUAUUGUUGUGGAUAAAAUGCAACGUUAGAACGUAUGCAUAACUUUUAAUCUUUUAUAUACGGGAUAUGAUAUGUACGUAUAACUUAUGAGAACAAACAAAUUAACUUAAUAUAAAUUUAGAAGACAUUAUAUUUUUCUUUCAGCUGAUUUUAAAGAUACACCAAAACCAACAUAUUGGGUCUGACAUAAGCCUCAAAUUACAGAGGAAUCUGAUUAUCAAAAACAGCACAAAAAACUACCACAACCAGGGCCAUACACAAGAAAAAAUUAUCUCAUUGAUAAAGCAAUUUGACAAGUGAGAUAGGUUUUUUCAAGCAAAAAAAAAAGAAGGUGAGAUAGCUUUUCCUAUUUAUCUCCAGAGCUUAUAUCCACAACACGGCUUGUAUAUAUAUGACCAGAAAAAUGAUUUCAUAACUAUAGGAUUCAAACAAAUAAAACACUACUACUCCAAAUACUGCAAAUGGAAUGAACUAAAAACAUAUAGUUCAUAGGUCUUCUUCGUUUUGGUGUGUUACUCCGCUUCACAAACUGUCACGCUUUUGACUUUUGAGCAUCUACGAAAUCUAUGAUAGCUACUUUUGAGCAUCUACGAAAUCUAUGAUAGCUUCUAUUUGCGAGUUGCAACCUUGUGAAUAUUUAUAUGGCCAUGCUUGCAAAAAGUUGUGGUUUAUUGGUCUAUUGGGCUUAGUUCAGUUAGAACUCGCUUUUAAAUUCAUGGGCUAUUUCUUUUUUCGGGGGUUUGUAACCACUAGCCCAAUUGUAUUACUAUUAAUUUUUGGUUAGUCCUAUGGGUUAGUUCGGAACAAUAUCCAAUGCUAUUUUUAAGACAACUAAACAAAUUAUGAAAAUAAUUUCUUAGUUAUUUUUCUUGUUAUCACAUUCUUACAUGGUACUAACACAAUAUCUUUAAAAAAGUAACAAAAUCAGUCAAAGUAAGUAAUACAGAAAUUAAAUAAUGAUUUUCCCUAAUGGUAAAGAUAAGAAACACACGUGGCGUGACCGGAUUUGGUAGAAUAUCAAACAUGAGAGGAAAGAGAGAAUAAUAAAAGAGAGAAUUGAUUUUUAUUAUUAUUUUUUAAAGAGAAGAAAAAAAACGAACGGUGGUGAUAAAAAGUCAGAGCUCUAUCAAAUCGCAGAGGCUCUCAUCUAAUCUUCUUUCUCCAGCGUCCGAUCUUCUCCCGAUCUCUCUCUCUUCAUCCUCCAAUCAUCAACCUUCACUCCCGUCCCGCCCUUUUUCAAUUUCCUCUGGUUCACAUGGCCGAGUCGCAGACCAAGAGUCCCGGAGACCACGUGAGCGGCGGAGACCAGAGCCCGAGGUCGUCGUCGCACGUGCGCGAGCAAGACAGGUUUCUCCCGAUUGCGAACAUAAGCCGUAUAAUGAAAAGAGGUCUCCCUGCUAAUGGCAAGAUCGCUAAAGACGCCAAGGAGAUUCUCCAGGAGUGUGUCUCCGAGUUCAUCAGCUUCGUCACCAGCGAAGCGAGUGAUAAGUGCCAAAGAGAGAAACGGAAGACGAUUAAUGGAGAUGAUUUGCUUUGGGCUAUGGCCACUUUAGGAUUUGAAGAAUACAUCGAACCUCUCAAGUUGUACCUUACUAGAUAUAGAGAGAUGGAGGGUGAUUCAAAGGGAUCAGCAAGAGGCGGCGAUAUCGCGAAUGCAAAGAGAGAUGGCCAAUCAAGCCAAAACGGCCAGUUCUCGCAGCUUGCUCACCAAGGCUCUUACCCACAAGGUCCUUAUGGAAACUCUCAAGCUCAGCAUAUGAUGGUUCCAAUGCCGGGCACAGAAUAGUACGAUGGUGUUCCAAAAGGGCCGGCCGUGUCUGUAUACUAUUUUGUGCUGUAAGGAUGAGGGUAACUGUGACAAUAAUCAUCUAAAUUAUUAUGUUUUCUUUUUCCUUUUGAUUUGUUCUUAAGAAGUCAAGAGAUUCGUAUUUGUAUUUGGUUUAUUGGUUUUGUGGAUUAUAUCAUGCAAGCCUUAAUAUUGAUGCAACUUAUAGUUUC